CUUUAACGCCGGGUGUGCCUCCUCCAGACCCGUCCCUCGCGUCCCGGAGGCCGCCUGAGGCCAGGGCUGGAGGAGGACGGCCACCGCUGGGAGCCCCAGUGAGACCCGCUGACCGCGCUGACUCUAACCCACGCCCCGUGAACCUCCGAGAGAACCCGGAAGCGGCACCAGCAGCGCCCCUGGAGCCGUGACAGCGCAGGAGAUCCUCCCGCAGGGGGAAGGGGAGGCAGGAGGAAAAACAAAGGAGAGCGAGGAGCGCGAGCGAGCCUUGCGCCGCCUCCCUGCGCCGCCUGCCCACGAUGUGUCAGUCAGAGGCACGGCGAGGACCAGAGCUCCGAGCAGCAGCGAAAUGGUUGCACUUUCCUCAGCUGGCCCUGCGGCGGAGGCUGGGCCAGCUGAGCUGCAUGUCCAGACCCGCCUUGAAACUGCGCUCGUGGCCCCUGACCAUCCUCUACUACCUCCUGCCCUUCGGCGCCCUCAGGCCACUCAGCCGGGUGGGAUGGAGGCCCGUGAGCAGGGUGGCCUUGUACAAGUCGGUGCCAACGCGACUGCUGUCACGGGCGUGGGGCCGCCUCAACCAGGUGGAUCUGCCGCACUGGCUGCGCAGGCCUGUCUACAGCCUGUAUAUCUGGACCUUCGGGGUGAACAUGAAGGAGGCUGCCGUGGAGGACCUGCAUCACUACCGCAACCUCAGCGAGUUCUUCCGGCGCAAGCUGAAGCCGCAGGCCCGGCCUGUCUGCAGCCUGCACAGCGUGAUCAGCCCAUCCGAUGGGAAGAUCCUCAACUUUGGACAGGUGAAGAACUGUGAGGUAGAGCAAGUCAAGGGGGUCACCUACUCUCUGGAGUCGUUCCUGGGCCCCCGCACCCACGCAGAGGACCUGCCCUUCCACCCAGCCUCCUCGUGCGAAUCCUUCCGAAACCAGUUGGUCACGCGCGAAGGGAACGAGCUGUACCAUUGUGUCAUCUACCUGGCCCCUGGGGACUACCACUGCUUCCACUCGCCCACUGACUGGACCGUCUCCCACCGCCGCCACUUCCCAGGCUCCCUGAUGUCUGUGAACCCGGGCAUGGCGCGUUGGAUCAAAGAGCUCUUCUGCCACAACGAGCGUGUGGUGCUGACGGGGGGCUGGAAGCACGGCUUUUUCUCGCUCACCGCCGUGGGGGCCACCAAUGUGGGCUCUAUUCGCGUCUACUUUGACCGGGACCUGCACACGAACAGCCCGCGGUACAGCAAGGGCUCCUACAAUGACUUCAGUUUCGUGACACAUGCCAACAAGGAGGGCGUCCCCAUGCGGAAGGGCGAGCACCUGGGCGAGUUCAACCUGGGCUCCACCAUCGUGCUCAUCUUUGAGGCGCCCAAGGACUUCAACUUCAGGCUGAAGGCGGGACAGAAGAUCCGUUUUGGGGAGGCGCUGGGCUCCCUCUAGGCUUCUUCCUGGCUGCAGCUGCUGAAGAGUCUGUCCACAUAGGAGCUGAGGGGGUCUUAUAGGGUGCCCCAGGCUGUGUGGGUAAGGGGCAUGGCAGGGUCAACCCGGUAGAACCUGAAUGAUCUGCUGCUCUUGCCUGUCCAGAGAUAGGUGGUUCUAGAUUCCCAAGGCAGCCAGAACCCCUGCUGGGCCUGGGCCUCACAGAGGUGGUAUGGGUGGGGCUGGCCUCACAGAUCACUUGCUAAUACUGUAUAAACUGGAGACCCUGCAUCCGAGUUGAGCUGGUCUUGGGCUAUUAUUUGAAGGCGGCAAGUGCUGACAAAGCGUGACUUUUCUGGCGCCCCUUUUUGCUUGGGCCUCACCCCAAUGCCCCCCUGCACCGUACACAGGGUGAGGUGCCUCCUCGGCACGGACUGUGGGCCUGCCCUCCCUCAGAGCAGGCUCACCCAUCGUUUAUUCUCUGUUCCCCAAUUUUCCUCCCCCUCCCUGCUCGUUAGGAAAGCAAAACCUUUCUCUGCAUGUGGCUGACCAUGUGGCCCCAACUCUGCUAGUGCCUUCUGAGGGUGGCAGCUGAUGACUCCCGGCCUGGGGGGAGGAGGGGUGUGAACGGAUGGAGUGGGAAGGGGCAAAUGGCUGCUGUGGGUCCAGGGGCUGUGCAGAGCCUUGGUGGGUGAGGUCAGCGCCUAGCAAACCUGCCCCCGGUGAUGGGUGCAGGCCUAGGGGAGCCAAGUUGACCCUGGGGACGCUGUGAAUUUCUCCUACAGGAGAAAUUGAACUUUUUCAACUGUAUCAGUAGCACAGUAUUUUGUAUGAAAAGUGGGAGACUUCUGAACAGUAAUUCAUUUAACUGCAAGACAUUUUGAAAUAAAAACAAAACACGUGGUUGUAA